AUGUUGGACGUUGGUGUGCAAAACCCUGUCCUCGACAAGGUCAUCGGGUGUGCCACAACAACCCAGAUGCCCUAUAAGUGCAGGAUACCAAUGAUCCCAGUGUGCCAGAGGACACUCAUGUUGGUGAUACACAGAUGCAAAAGCCACAUGAUUGAAAGUGCAAUGUGCCAAGGGAAAGCUAUGAACUUAUGGACCAGGACCAGCACAGAGCUGCAUUACUCACCUGAUGGGUAUGAUGAAAGAGCACUGUGGAUUCAGAUGCUCUGA